UUCUGGGGGUGUGUGCGCUCCGCGCAUGCGCAGUCCAUCAGGCUGAAGCUGUACAAGUAGGAUGCAGUGGUUGCGCUGGGUCGGUGUUAGAGCGCUGCGAUCUGGGGCAGCUGGAAGUAGGUUGCAAGAGAGGAGCUACAGUAGCAGCCAGACAAAUCCCCCUCGCCAGACACCACUGUAUGACUUUCACCGUGAGCAUGGCGGCAAGAUGGUUGAAUUUGCAGGCUGGAAGCUUCCAGUACAGUACAAAGACACACACAUUGCCUCCCAUCUCCAUACCCGCCAACACUGUUCUGUGUUUGAUGUUUCCCACAUGCUGCAGACCAAAGUCCUAGGGAAGGAUCGGAUACCCUUUAUGGAGAGCCUGGUGGUGGCAGAUAUUGGAGAGCUGAAGGAGAACCAGGGCACAUUGUCUCUCUUCACCAAUGAGAAGGGUGGUAUAAUCGAUGAUCUCAUAGUCACCAACACCUCGGAUGGGUAUCUCUAUGUAGUGUCCAACGCUGGCUGUGCUGAGAAGGACUCUGCCCACAUGCUGAAUAAGUUGCAGGAGUUCAAAGCUGCUGGGCGAGAUGUGGAUCUGGAACACAUUGAUUGUGCUCUUCUGGCAGUGCAAGGUCCCCUUUCUGCGCGCGUUCUCCAGGCUGGAAUGAAUGACGAUCUCUCCAAGCUACCAUUUAUGACCAGUGUCUACACAGCAGUGUUUGGUAUCCCUGGCUGCAGAGUGACUCGCUGCGGAUACACAGGGGAAGAUGGUGUGGAGAUCUCUGUGCCAGCUCAGCGGGCAGUGGAGUUGGCUGACAAGCUGCUGCAGAACAGUGAUGUGAAGUUGGCUGGCCUGGCAGCACGGGACAGUUUGCGCCUAGAGGCUGGCUUAUGCCUGUAUGGCAAUGACAUUGAUGAGACCACCUCUCCAGUGGAAGCCAGCUUGGUGUGGACUCUUGGUAAACGGCGCAGAACAGCAAUGGACUUCCCAGGAGCCUCGAUAAUUGUCCCUCAGAUUAAAGGAAAAGUGAAACAGAAGCGAGUUGGUCUGACCUCAACAGGACCUCCUGUCCGGCAGCAUGCACCUAUCCUGAACCAAGAGGGGCGCAUUAUUGGGGAAGUGACCAGCGGUUGCCCUUCGCCCAGUUUGCGAGUGAAUGUGGCCAUGGGGUAUGUGGAACCAGAAUACGCGAAAGCUGGCACAGCUGUGCGUUUUGAAGUCAGAAAGAAGAUUGUGGAUGGUGUUACCACCAAAAUGCCAUUUGUGCCAACAAAGUAUUAUACCCUAAAGUGAACUGGUGAAAAGAACAUUGUAGAAGUGUAAUUUUUGCAAGUAUGUAAUGAGCUGUGUGUAUGUGACUGAGUGUUUGUACACUUUUUCCUUUCCUAUCUGAAUGAACAUGUGUGGGUUUGUUUUCCUUGUGCUAGUGCAUGUCUGUGCCCAUAUUCAGUUAUCUGUGACAAAAUACACAAAGCAGUUAAAGAACAACCCAUAUGAAGGGCAGAUGUUGAGAGUCCCACUACUGAAGCAAUAAAAUGAAUUAGCUUUGUAGCUGGCAUAAGAAGGCCACAUCCCACUUCAUUUCAAGUCUCAGGUCCUUUCUUUACUCAGGGUGUCUCGCACAAGUGCCAAAAUCCUUUUCACAAAGAAAGAAGCCAUUUCUAUCUGUUUAAAGGGGGAAAUUUACAUCUACCCUGUGACAUCUUCAUCCAUCCUGCUUUUGCAAUGGUGCAUUCAUUCAUUCAUCUAUGGUUCUAGCAGAAUCACCAAUCAAACUGGUGUUUAAAUCAUAAGCUCAGCUAGGAACCAGUUUAACUGAUUUUUUUUUUUUUGUAACUCAAAUUUUUUAUUUGAAGAAUUGUCAUGUGAUAUACAUAAUACAUAUAAAACAUUGCUCAUCUGAGUAUCUUGGCAGUUGAUUCGUUGGAAUUUACUUUUGAUACAUAGAUGAGUGUAACAUGGUUUCAACAGUUGUAGAACAAAUAAAACAGUGCAUAAUCUGGUGCAGGUCUUGUUACCUUGUGCGUUUUGUGGUUCUGCAACCCCUAUCUUUGUUAAGUUUUGGUUUUCAGCUUCCAUCAUAUGUGUUGUUUGUGCUUAUAUGAAUUUCCGAGCUUUCCUGUGGGUUUGAUGCAAAGUAGGCUUCCCAUGGUGACCAUAUGUUAGCGUUUAAUUGCACAUUAUUGGUUAUAGAGGCAGUCAUAGUUUCAAAUCGUUUA